CGUCGGUCAAUAAAUGUGUUACACGCUGAAAACAUUUUAAUAAGAAGCGUACUGAUCAGCUUGAUACCGCCAGUGCAGUUCAACCCAACUCCAGGGCUCGGAACCCGUGGGUUACGUAACCCGGGGAGGGGAGGGGGCUCCCGGAGCCAGUGAUCGCGCAGAGGAAGAGCUGCCGCCUACCUUUCCUCCUGGGGAAGUGGAAGUCAUUGGCCCCACCGGCCGCCGAGCGGAGACUUGCGCAGCAGCUCACAGACGCCGACAAAAGGCACCGCGGCCGCUGGCGUCUGGCUUGUUGGUGGAAGUUGGACGCAGGGAGUCUGCUUCGGUCGGAUUUUCAUUAAGAAAAUAAGAAAAAAAACAUCUUGUUACGCCUUAUUAAGAGAUCCGAUUAUUAUAAGCCCACAGUAGCCAUGGCCCGCGGGCACCAGAAGAUUCAGUCCCAGCAGAAGAACGCCAAGAAACAAGCUGAGGCCAAGAAGAGCAAAGGUCAUGACCAGAAAGCGGCCGCCAAGGCCGCCCUGGUGUACACCUGCUCCGUGUGUCGGACACAAAUGCCUGAUCCAAAGACCUUCAAGCAGCACUUUGAAAGCAAGCACCCAAAGUCACCCUUGCCCCCAGAACUUGUGGGCGUGGAGGCGUGAGAGGGUGGCUGCGCCGGGAUAUCGUCACAGGAGACCUGGGCUGCGUGUCCUUAACCUCCAGGUGUUGGUGACACCUCCACCCAUCCAGGACCCCUGCAGUCCAUGAACCAGCCUGGUGACGACCAUCUCGUCUCAUGCAUAUGACUAUACAAUCAGAUCGUUGCUUGAAAAUGAUCUCCUCCUAUUGUCCACAGUCCAGUGCAAAAAUAACAAAUGAUAAGGAAAAAUUAACUAUCUUAAAAAGUUAGUUUCCAUUAAAGUGCUCUUUGUGUCUUUGCAGUCAAGGUGAUAUUUCAGGACAUUGGAACGGUGCAUUUCAGUACCGGAGGCUUCCUAAAGUGUCAGGUAUCUGAUGCAGGAGUUCUGUAUAGCAGUUCUUGGUUCGCGUUCCCUUGUUCUUUUCCCUCUCGGCUUAAAGGUUCUGCUUUUUUCUGCUGUGGGAAUUGUUUUUUAACCCUUUGACAAAUGUCUGCUGUGUAUAAUAUUACACGCACGUAAACGAUCAUGUCUUUAAAGUUGCAGCCCAAAUCAGGAAGUUGACUUGUGUAAAAUUUGGGGUGUUAUAGACCCCCCCGACACCUAGUCUAAUUUGUGACGACUGCCGCAUACAACAACCAUGCAGAACUGUCAGUGGUCUCUGUUUGCUGUCCUGAUUCUGAAUAAUUACUGUGAUGUGUGCGUGCGCAUCUGGUCUGGUAGUGUUGCCAUUCUGUUUUAAUAGUUCUGUGGCUGUUAUCAUGAUUUUAUUAUUUUGGCGGUGAGCUGCUAAUAUGAGUGAUUGGGGUAAACUGAGAGCUUCCUGUCCCUAGCUGUGCAUUUCUCUUCCAAAACGAGCCGCUGGUACAUGGCGACAAAGCUCUCUCUCUCAGAAGACUGGUCUGUUUAUUGCAAACCUUUUAUACAUUUGUAUUUUUGCCCCUAUGAUGUAAUAUAACAUUUUAAUAAAAUAUUAAUUUGA